AUGCGAGCGGCACGGCGGCUCUUUCGGCACGACCACGUGCCAUCGCCCGGCAGUUCGCUGCUUAACCCACGCAGUCAGCGUGCGAAGAUUCGUCGCAUGAUGGCAACACAUACCGCACAGGAGAAGAAUUUUGAGCAACAGGCGGUGUUUGCAGGUAUUGGCAGUGGUCAAAGUGGCAAGAACAAUAACCCCUCUUCCCCUGCACGCAGUCGGAAAGAACGCUCUGCAAGAGCUUCAUUGCAUGCUGGAAAGGAGGUGGCAGAGAGGGCGAAACACAUGACAGAUAGCGAGUGGGAGAGUGUAUCAAUGGAUGAUAAACAUGCUUUUACAAAGUACGUGAGUCGUAUGUUACGUGAACACCCAACAGAGACAACAGAGCAGCAGAGACGUCGAUAUUUUGAGACUACAAUGGCCGAUGUAAGAGAUUUGGAUCCUCAGAAAACUGUUAGGGAUGAAUAUGAGCGUAUUAAACUCGGUCUACCGGUGCAUUUGAAGAAUCCACAACAUUCUCUUGGUGUUUCACAAGCUGUAUAUGAUGCUGCUGAUGCUUCUUUAUUUGAUGCAGAUAAUGUUCAUAAGUUAGAGAACGCCAUGACACAUAUCAAGCAAGUUUUUGCAGAUUAUGUGCGCAAGAAGCGUGAGGGUGUAAGUACUGAGGCAGAACGACGACAAUUGGCCAAUAUGACGGCUGAUCUUAACGUGGAAACACAAAAACAUCUUGCCAAUACCUUUAAGUAUGCAGAGAUGCGUCUGCGUCAGGUGACACUAGAUGAAAGACAUCGUCAGAUGGCAGAAAUUGAACGGUUAAAAAAAAUAGCUAUGAAAAAAAGUGGUGGAUCACAACAAGAGCAAAAGAAACAUAAAAAAACAGCUCGUAUGGAGAGAUUGAAGCGAGUAAUAAGCAAGGCUGUUGGUCUUGAUAUGGACGUUGCAGAGACUGUGUUAACAGAAAUGCAGGCGCAGGAGGAAUUUUUGCAAUUCUGUGAGGUUUUUGCUCGUUUAACUCAAGGGAAAGGCUUUUAUCACACUUCAAAGGAUGAAACUCUUGACGCCUAUGUUGAAAAUCUACGUAAGCUCUAUUCAAUGAAUGCUGGAACCUUUAGUACCUUGGAUGUUGUGCAAUACUAUGCAUCAAAAGAAGGUUCCCAUCCUGUUGAUUGGGCAAAGAGGUGGUAUGAGAAAGCUUUGCUGAUACCACUACAGAACACUCCAGAGUAUAAAAAAUUGCUUCAAAUUCAGGAACAGGAACGUCUGGCACUGAAGGUAAAGGAGCAAUCCUCCGAGAGAAAUGAUACUAUUGCUGACCUAGCUGAAUCUGAAGUUGCUAGUGUUAAGAUGCAGAGGGUGGUAAAUAUUGUUGAGAAAAUGUUUAUGGAUCCUAGAGACAAGCGCCUGGAGUCGCUGCAUGAAAAACGCCUUAGGUACUUGGCCCAUAUGCAAAUGGAACGACAGAUAAAACGUGUAAGAGAGAAUGCUAAGCUUUUUGAGGGUGUGGAGGACACUCCAGAGGCAGAGGAGUGUCGAGAACUCUAUAAAGGCAUUAUGCAGCGCAAGACAGCCUUAUCUGGAUCUCAGUUCAAUGCGGAUUCCGUUUCUGUUUCCACUGUUGAACCAACUAAACUGGAGACUAAUUCUACAUUGGAUGAAUCUGAGCAGCGUGUAUUUAACGUUUAUGAUGAUGCCGAGGCUGCCGCACUUUUUGACAAGAUACGUGCCAUCACUCAUCGUGUCAUUCAAGAGCGUUGUGUGGCGAGUGCGGCCGCGGCGAAGGCGCGGCGUCUUCACCGCAUUAUCCGUAGCCUGAAGGGCGGUGGGGGUUCUAAUGAAGGCUCGAAUAUGCCUGGUGCUGGUCCUGGUUCGUUAGCGGAUGAGUUACGUGCCCUUCAGCGGGCUCGGCGGGCUCGGGUAACGCAGCGGCUGCUCGGUCUUGUUGAGGGUGAUGUGCGGGCAGAGGCGGCGUGGCUGGAGGCGAUGGCGGAGGCGGAGCGGCCCCCGCUGCUGCCGGUCCCCACCGGCAUGUCGUACGUGUCCGCCGCCGACGUGCGGGCGUGGCGUGAGCGUCGCCUGGCGGAGGAGCAGGCGGCUGGAAAUCCAUUUGAGCGGCGCCGUACACAAGGAAGGGGGAAUACCAAGGCAGUUCACAGCAAUGAUAACACGGCGGGGUUGACUGCGAGUGAAGGGGCGGAUGGGCGUCGAUUCCGCCCGGAACUUCUCGGACAGGCGUGGCGGGUGCCCGAUCGGCCGCUGCUCUUCUGGGGCACGGGGGUGACGGCAGUUCAGCAGGCUCUUCGGCACGCAGCGGAGGACGCAGAGCGAAAACGCACCGGCACGCCUCUUGCCCCGCCAUACCCGUGUCCAGAGAAUCCGUGGGGAUGGCGGCUCGCGAAGGACGUCUUGGAUGAGGAUUAG